UGUCUUUCAUUGACCUGAAUGUCAUUCAAAACUUCUUUAUAUUCUAAGAAAGAGGCUCUGUAUGGAACACUGUGAGUACCACACAACUCUAGGUACUGAUUGGUUCAGUUUGCCUUCAUUGAAACAAAAGACAAAUACACAUUUACUGGUUUAGUGUAUUGAGCACAGUUAAUCAUAACAAAACAUGCAAGGUGGUAAUCCUUACACACUUUGUCUUGAUUGCCUAUGUUUGACCUGGCAGAUAUGAUAUGGUCAACUAGCAUAAAUACAAAGGUCAUGCUUAAUUCCAAUUCCUGAUUUCUUCUUUUGUCAAUAUCCAAGCACUGCCAUGCUGUCUAAAACUCGCAACACACCUCUGUACGCCUCACUGUAUGGAACACUGUGAACAGCUUACAUGAGCUGACCGAUAAAAAUGCCUUAUUAUCUCCAUAUGUUAGCUGAUGUUAGGUAGCUACUCAUUUUUAACAACUGAAAAAUGGUGUCGCAUCCAGGUUGCGUUACCCUACUGGUUUAUUUAGGACAGGAUGGAGAAGAGAAAAGCCAUUAGACUCUGCAUGUCUCUUCAGUAACCCAGACGUCUUCGUAUUGAUCAGCGGCCUUCUGUCCACUUUAAGAGGCUCCACCUCGCCUUUCAGACAUUUCCCAACAGCUAAUUUCAGACCGAACUGUGUGAACAUGGAAAACACAGAACUAAGUGCGGUGUCUCUGGUCCAACGGACUGAUGGAAAUGCACCCGGGCUACUCAACCCUGGAGAAUCGGCCGCACCGGGCCCAUCACUUCCCUCCAAUUCCACUCCAUCAGCUAUGAAAGGAUGUGCAAAUGGAGACCUUAUGGACUCUUUUGGGAUCUUUCUGCAAGGCCUGCUAGGAGUGAUGGCCUUCAGCAUCCUCAUGUUGAAACGCUUCAGAGAACCAAAGCAUGAAAGAAGACCCUGGAGAAUCUGGUUUCUGGACACUUCCAAACAGGCUAUUGGGAUGCUCUUUAUUCAUUUUGCAAAUGUCUACCUAUCUGAUCUGACAGAGGAGGACCCGUGUUCACUCUAUCUAAUAAACUUUUUGUUGGAUGCUACACUGGGCAUGUUGGUGAUUUAUGGUGGAGUGAAAGCUGUCAGUGCUGUGGUGGAGUGGAGGCAGUGGGACUCAUUACGCUUUGGAGAGUAUGGAGAGCCGGUACAGUGCACAGCGUGGGCAGGUCAGUGUGCACUGUAUAUCAUCAUCAUGAUGUUUGAGAAGGUGGUCAUUACCCUGGUGCUGCUGAUCCCACAGUGGAAGAAGCUGGCUAUGAUGAACCCCAUCACAAACCCUCAACUGGAGCUGGCUCUCGUCAUGCUCAUUGUCCCGUUCUUUGUUAAUGCUCUAAUGUUCUGGGUAGUCGACAAUUUUCUGAUGAAGAAAGGCAGAACAAAAGCCAAGCUGGAGGAGAGGGAGGUAAACGACGACUCUCGGGGCAAUAGCAAGGUGCGCUACAGGCGAGCUCUUUCCCACGACGACUCUGAAUCAGAGAUUCUGUUCUCCGCAGACGACGAGAUGGAGGACUCGGACGCCGACGAGGACGUCCGCAGACUCGCCGGUCUCAAACCUGUUAAGAAAAAGAAGCACAGACUCGGCAUUCCAGUGUGAUGUGGGAUCAGAUGUCAGACUUUGUCAUGCUUGUUACAGACUCACCCUGCUGCCUUGUGCUAGUCAUACCGAGAAGACUCAUAGAAUUCAAGAGAUCCUGUAGGAUCUGUUAUUCUAACUGUGGAUCGGUGAAGCUGUGCUGUGGGCUUCCACGGUGACGCUCGUUACUUAUCUUAGAAGUGAAUGGAAUUGUGGACCAUCCUUAGAAAAUGCUGUGGAUCAUGUUGGACUGGUGACUGGAUUCCACUGACUCUGUUUCUGUUAUUUGUGUGUACGAUUAACUGCUGCUUCCUUUCUAAACGUCACAUACUGUAUGUAUGUUAUCCAAGUCUCUACUGAUUAUUGUAAUCACAAUGACGGCAUCGAAAAUGACAACACACAUCAUGAUGAGUUUUCUUGAUAUUUUGGUCCUAACUGGGUGCUCCAGCAAGGACAAUGGUCAAAUAAAUGGGUCGACACUGGUUUUGAAAUAGUUGUUGGAAUAAAGAACUUAAAAGUCAAGUCAGUGCCGGAGUUGCAGCAGCAGCUUGUUGAACUUCUGUUGUUUUGUAAGAGUUUUGUGUUCCAAUCAUUUGGUCCCUCAAAAAUAAACCGUGGCAGAAACGAUUUCAGGAUAUUCACGUCCUCUGCAGGUUUAUGUUAACAUGAACUUUUUUGACAUUGCAGGUCUACUGUCAUUUUCAUACUUGGCACAUUGUAAUUACACUGUGUUCAUGUGUAAGUACGUUGUAGUUACAAUGCUACCUACUCUCUAAUAAAGCAUUAUUAAGA